AUGGUGCGCUCUGAUGUUGGCAGAGGUUCACCAGAACAGCGGGGUAGAAGCCUGAGCAGUGUCAGUGGCCCUGUCAGUGGUAUGGUACAUCGACCGAGACUGGAGAGUGAUGUUCGAAACGCAUCUGCGCAAUCAACCAACCCCGAGCCUACUGUCCGCAGCGUCAAUUUGGCUGACGAGAAACCGGUUGCCAGCGGAAAUGGCGUCUCAGUCUCCAUAUCUCUUGCGGAACCAGUCCUGUUUUUGCAAGGAUUCGACCCUAAUGAUCCUUCAACACACAGCACCACUAUGCUCCGAGGGAGCUUGCUCUUGAGGGUUCAGAAGCAAGCAAAACUGAAGUCGAUAUCCCUCAACUUCCGCGGCAAAUCAGAGACCGAGUGGCCGGAGGGAAUUCCACCCAAGCGUGUGGACUUCAGAGAUACCACCACCAUCAUGAAUCACACUUGGUCCUUCUUCAAUGCACAGAUUCCCCAGGCCGAGUACAGUUAUGGCGCCGAUAUCGUUCAUCUACAGAAAGGUCCAUCUGUCGAGUCCAAGGAACUGGGCGUGACAACCUCUUCCUUUGACAUUUUCCAGCGGAGUGCAUCCCCUGCCAAGGCUCCUACUUCUCGUGAUAUGAAGAGAUUGUCUCUCCAAACAAAUCACUCCCGCAGUUUUGGUAAAGGUGAUACCAUCAGUGGCGGACCCACAGUUGCUCAGAGAGGGUUUAAAAUAUUUCACCCUGGAGAUUAUAUCUACAAUUUCGAAUUGCCCCUCGAUUCAAGGUUACCGGAAUCUAUCAGUGUCGACUUAGGGCAUGUCAAAUACGAAUUGGAGGCCCUUGUUGAACGAUCCGGCGCCUUUCGCGCCAAUCUGGUCGGCACGAAGGAGUUGACCCUAAUCAGAGCUCCCGCCGAAGGCUCUUUGGAACAAGUGGAACCUAUCGCAAUAUCACGGAAUUGGGAGGACCAGUUGCACUACGACAUUGUCAUUUCUGGAAAAUCUUUUCCACUUGGCUCGACGGUGCCUAUUGCCUUCAAGUUGACGCCUUUGGCCAAGGUCCAGUGCCACAGGAUCAAAGUCUUCGUGACGGAGAAUAUUCAGUACUUUACAAACAACAAAAAGGUGCACAGACUCGAACCGAUCAGAAAGGUCCAGCUCUUCGAAAAGCGUGCAGAUGGCCACAGUGUGACCUCAUAUCCCGGAAGUUCAAUGCGCAUACUAGCGGGCGGAGGUGUCCCUUACGAUUACCGUCAGGCGGCUGCGGCGGGAGAUGAAGAUAUCCCGAGAGAUCAAACCAACCUCCUUGGUAAUUUGGAUAACGAUGCUGGAAGCAUUGGCCCAACUGAAAUGGAGUUCAAUGUGCAACUGCCUAGUUGUCAUCAGAUGAAGGACAAACUCAGAAGUGAGCGUCUUCAUUUCGACACCACAUAUUCCAACAUCCAGGUCAAUCAUUGGAUAAAGAUUGUGAUGCGGUUGUCCAGACCGGAUGAGAAUGACUCGACCAAGCGCCGUCAUUUUGAAAUUUCGAUCGAUUCUCCUUUCAACAUCCUGUCUUGUCGGGCAACUCAAGCAAAUAUCUCGCUUCCGGCAUAUAGUGCUGGCGGAGCGACUCCUGUACCGGCGGAUGAGUUCGAGUGCGGAUGUCCUGGAGCAGCAUUGAGGAGACGCAGUACCCCCUCGGUGUCGCAAACCCGGGCUGCCGUGGCGAACAACGCAGCAGAAGCCGGAGCUCCUGUUCCUGGCGUGUCGCGGAGCUGGACCAACGAUACGGGUGGAUUGACCAUGCCUUCUCAAGCGCAUGUCCACAACGACCCCAACUCCGGACAACCGAGACCGAUGCAUUUGCUCCGGAGUCCUUCUUUCAAUCCGCCAGCUUUUGAUGAUGACGAGCCUCCACCACCUAUGGUCACUCCGCCUCCGCAGUAUGAUAACGUCGUAUCCGGGGACUCUCACAGCGCACUGGCGGAUUAUUUUGCUCGGCUCGCUGACGAGACAUCGGAUGAAGACGACCGCCUCGAUCGGUCACGUAUAGAUAUUCCUCUCACUCCAGGAGGGCGAGUCAACAGAAGUAUGGACAUCACGCGAACCUGGCUACCACUUGGGGGACCUGCGAAUUCAACAACUCCGACCACUUCGGGGCUAGCAUCCUCGACGUCGGUGGCCAAUUAA